UUGAACUUUCUUUUACGUUGAUUCUGGGUUCCACUUCUCUUCGCAGUUUUCACCUGCUAGGCCUUCGCGGAGUCUGUUCUCUAUAAUCAUCCAAAAAUCCCUAAAACAUUUCUUCGAAGGCAGGCCAUGGCGAAGAACAGAAAUAAGAAGAAGAAAAAUUCUGCUGCAAUGGAUUUUUCUAUGGACACUGCCAGCAUUCCCCAAGCAAUGGACACAUCAGAGACUAGAGCUCCCUCUUCAGUCCUUGGUGUUCUUGACAGAAAGAUCAGAAAAGGAUUACCGACGAGGAGAUCAAAGAGCCUAAGAAAGAAAAAAGCUAUAGAGAAGGCUACCUCCCAAAUGGAGAAGUUGGAGGAGAAAGCCCUGAAGAAUGAAAGCAAGACUUUGAGAACAAAAUCUGCCAAAAAGCUGUAUGAGUAAAUUGAGUAAAUGUAGUUUCAUCUGAACACAGGAUAGUUUAUUGGUCUCGUCCAUAAUUUACGCUGUACUUCUAUAAUCAAUUUUGUA